CAGGAACACACACCCACUUCCACGCACCUCUCUCGUAGGACAUCCAAGGCAAACGGCGUGGGGAGGAGGAGUCUGCGCCAGAGAAACCAGAGUUGCUGCGUAUUUAUACCUGCGCCUACACCCUUCACCAUGAGCUCCUUUCAACCGUCCCAGCAGGUCUCGAGACAGGCCACCAUGGAUCCCAGGAACGAGAUCAACCCGUUGAUGGAUCACUUCAUCGGCGUCGAUGUUGGCACCGGCAGUGCCAGAGCUUGCAUCAUCAACGAUAAAGGCGAUAUCGUUGGGCUGGCAUCCGAAAACAUCGGUCUCUGGCAGCCCCAGCAGGGCUACUAUGUAAGGAGUCUCUCUUGCCCCUUGUCGUCUUAUGUUCUGCCAUCAUACCUAUACCUUGUAUCCUUGAGACUGACGACUAGAUGUGGAUAACUAGGAGCAAUCGACUGCCGAUAUCUGGAGAUGCAUCUGCAUGUGUGUCCAGCGAGUUAUCAGCCAGCACAACAUCAACCCACUCUCCAUCAAAGGCAUCGGGUUUGACGCGACCUGCUCACUAGCUGUCUUCGCUCACGAUACCGGCGAACCCAUCUCUGUCACUGGACCCAACUUCGAUACCGAACGCAACGUUAUCCUCUGGCUCGAUCAUCGCCCCGUGGACGAGACCGAAAAGAUCAAUGCUACCGGCCACAACUUGCUCCGAUAUGUCGGAGGCAAGAUGUCCAUCGAGAUGGAGAUCCCAAAGGCCCUCUGGCUCAAAAACAACAUGCCAAAGGAGCUGUUUGAUAGAUGCAAGUUCUAUGACCUAGCAGACGCACUCACUCACCUGGCCACUGGCAACGAAAAGAGAAGCUUCUGCAGCGUAGUCUGCAAACAGGGAUAUGUCCCUGUCGGCGUUGAUGGAAGCAUCAAGGGAUGGCAACCCGACUUUUUAAACGCAAUUGGCUUGGAGGACCUUGCUGCCGAUAACUUCAAGAGGAUGGGUGGCGUCAACGGAGAGAACGGAGAAUAUCUGAGCGCUGGUGAGCUGGUUGGUGGACUUUGUGAAUCCGCUGCCGCUGAACUUGGCCUUCCUGCUGGCAUUGCAGUCGGUAGCGGUGUGAUUGAUGCGUACGCAGGGUGGAUCGGGACUGUUGGUGCCAAAGUCGACUUGGACUCUGAUCUGUUGAGCUCUGAUGCUGCUAACAACGACAGAACCCAGGCUUUCACUCGCUUGGCUGCAGUGGCUGGUACCUCCACUUGCCAUUUAGCCAUGUCCCCUAAUCCGGUCUUCGUUCCUGGUGUCUGGGGUCCCUACCGUGAUACCAUAAUGCCGGGUUUCUGGAUGGCAGAAGGCGGGCAGUCGGCCACUGGCGAGCUGCUUAAACACGUUAUCGAAACCCACCCGGCAUUCAAUGAAGCUCUCUCGGUCGCGGAGUCCUACAACUCUAACAUCUACGAUUACCUGAAUGAACGUCUAAGAGAGAUGGCAGCCGAAUCCAAGGCUCCCUCCAUAUCCUACCUUGGCCGUCACUUCUUCCUCUACGGUGACCUGUUUGGAAAUAGGUCCCCAAUUGCCGACCCACAAAUGUCCGGUGCGGUCAUUGGCCUGUCCAGCGAUAAAUCUGUCAAUGGACUGUGCCUAUACUAUUAUGGCACUCUGGAAUCUAUUGCACUGCAGACACGCCAGAUCGUGGAGACAAUGAACAAGGCUGGCCACAAUAUUACCUCGAUAUUUAUGUCUGGCUCUCAAUGCCAGAACGAUAUCCUGAUGGGACUAAUAGCAUCGGCCUGCUCGAUGCCCGUCUUUGUCCCUCGCUACGUCCACGCUGCAGUCUGCCAUGGUGCCGCCAUGCUCGGAGCCAAAGCCGCCAGCGCUGACAAGGAUGGGAAGACUGAAGGCCUAUGGGAUAUAAUGGACCGAAUGAGCAAACCCGGCAAGGCAGUUUACCCGACCAAAGAUGAGCACGAAAAGAAGCUGCUCGAGGUGAAGUACAAGGUUUUCCUGGAGCAAUGUUACAAGCAGCAAGAAUACAGGUCAGAUGUAGACAAGGCCGUUGUGGGAUGGCAUUCUUCUUAG